GACACAUUAAUUGUGCAAAACAAAUUCAAAAUUUGAAAUGAAUAUUUUAUUCAAAUAAAAAAAUGACUUUGGAUUUAGAACAUCUUUGUUGUGAACUAUCAUCUAGCUCAUCAGCUGUGAAUAUGUUUGACAUUGAUAAACAUAGCAGGUGUAGUCCGUGUCGCUGUCCUAACUGCUGCACAAAUCCGAUAUUAAGUGAUCAUACCUAUUCUCUUCUUAAAAGGAUUUGCCAUAAGAUAAUAAGAAACUAUAACCGCAAAGACUGCCAGGAGAAGUAUAGUGUAUUUAAUGGAGGAAAUAGCUUAAACUUCAAAACAAAUGACGAUAUUACUGGAGAUCGCCAAAGAAUGGGUGAACGAUGUGAUGGUCGAUGCAAUAUGAAAGAUGGUGGCUAUGGUAAUGCUUAUGGUGAUGGCGGUUUCGAUAACCACAAAGACGGUAAGUCAAGGAGAGGGACAUAUGGUGACGACGAUGUUUCUAUAACAAAUUCAGGAAGAGUCAUUGGGAAAGGACGAGGAAAAUAUGAUGGAGAUAGGAAUGAUGCUUAUAAGGGAUCGGGAAAAUCAAAGAGAAGUGCUGGUAGUGUUACUGGAGAUGUUGGUGACAAGAAAGGAUCCAGGAAGCAAAAAAAAGGACAGGGUGAAAAUGAGGAUGGCGAAAAAACUGGAAAAUCAAAGAAAGGCCAGGCUGACAGUGGUCCAGAUGCUGAUGGUUCCGGAAAAAAAGGAUCAGGUAAAUCAAAGAAUGCUCAGGGUGGCGAUGCUAAUAAAGGUGGUGGCAAUCAACUACUGGCACAGUCAAAGAAAGUUCCUGGAGGAAAGGCUGAUGGCGAUGGUGGUAGCGCCGAUGGUGGAAAACCUGGGCAAAAUUCCGGAAAAGACGGGGCAAAAAACGAAGGUAAAAGUGGAGGAAAAGGAGGGAAAGGAGAAGGAAAAGACAGGGAAAAUGAUGGUGGUAGUACAGGUGGUGAUAGGUCUGGUACGAAAAAUGCCGGGGGAAAAAAUGAAGGGAAAGGAGGAGGAAAAGGUGGAGGAAAAGAUGGAGAAAAAGUUGGUGGCAAAGAUGAUGGCAAAGGAGAUGGCAAAGGAGAGGACAGCGGAAAGAGUGGCGGAAAAACUGGCGGAAAAGACGGUGGAAAGCACGGCGGAAAAUAUGGAAGCAUAGAUGGCAGCAAUGGCGGCAAAGGUGGUGCCAAAGAUGGUGCCAAAAGUGGCACCAGAGAUGGCAAAGGAGAGGACAGCGGAAAGAGUGGCGGAAACGACGGUGGAAAGCACGGCGGAAAAUAUGGAAGCAUAGAUGGCAGCAAUGGCGGCAAAGGUGGUGCCAAAGAUGGUGCCAAAAGUGGCACCAGAGAUGGCAAAGCAGAGGACAGCGGAAAGAAUGGCGGAGAAACUGGCGGAAAAGACGGCGGAAAGCACGGCGGAAAAUAUGGAAGCAUAGAUGGCAGCAAUGGCGGCAAAGGUGGUGCCAAAGAUGGUGCCAAAAGUGGCACCAGAGAUGGUGCCAAGAGUGGCAGCAGAGAUGGUGCCAAGAGUGGCAGCAUAGAUGGCAGCAAAGAUGGAGGCAGGGAUGGAAAAAGUAAAAAGAAAGGCAUCGAUGGGAGUGGUGAAAGAGAAGAUACUGAUGGCGAAGGCAAGGGAAGAAGCGGAAAAAAAGGACAACGCUCUAGUGCAAGCGGUAGAAGGAGGAAAUCUAAAUCUAGCAAGGUCGACGAUGAACUAGAGAAUUUCUUAAGUGAAUCUGGUCAUAUGAUUAGGGGCGAUGGAAUAGAUAAACGCGGUGGGAAAGGAUCAAAGAUAUGUAAAAAUAAAAAGUUUACGGGCAGACGGAGGUGCUCUAAGGAAGCUGAAAUGCCAAACCGUUUCGCCGCUAUUAGACCAUGUGAUAUACUACGCGUGGGCAUGGAAUACCGGGAUAUGCUAAGAUGCAAUCCGUGUUGUGCUCCUGCUUGCUGUAACAUUAUGUGUUCACCCUGUAGACGUUUUUAUUGACAGUCCUAAAUACUUUUUGAUAUGGUUUUGAUGACUUGAUAUUCACAACAUUUUUAUAUACUUUUUACAAGAUAUUCAUCCCAA